AUGGAUACGGUUGGAGGAAAUAUGGCCAGAAAGACAUUCUUGGAGGCAAAUUUCCAAGGUGCCUCCUCUUCUAAUUCUCCAAGAAUCGUGCAGAGAGAUGACGAGGAGCCUUUCCUUUACAAUAUCACCUAUUGUGGCCGUCACACUUGCAGACAAACCUCCAGUGCAACAAAUUCCUCCAUGAAUAAUCAGGCCGACUUACUGAUACAACAUGGGGUAGAUGAUGACGAUGACGACGACGACUUUGAUCCGGAAUCUUUUGCGAGGAGUUUGAUAACUUUCAGAAUCAGAACAGUGGAGGAUAACGAAAAUGUGGCGGCUGCUGACCCCGAGAAUUUGCGGCAACAAAUAAAAUUAUCAGUUGCUGCAGAUAAGAAGGCAAAAGGCAGGUCUCGAGUAGAUUGUGAUGCUGAUAAUCUUCAGCUUCAACAGUUGGAAGAAAAGGAUGUAGUAUCAUCAGUAGCAACUGUUCUCUCUGAUCUUUAUGGUUCUGGGGAAUGGAUGCCUAUGGAGAAAUUUCAUACAGAGUUGCUGGAGCGCUAUGGAAAUGUGUGGCACCACAGUCGAGUAAGGCGAUAUCUGUCAUCGGAUAACUGGACCGGUCCCGAAUCCAAAGGGAAGCCUUGGUAUGGUUUACUGAUGCUGUUAAGGAAGUACCCUGAAAACUUCGUCAUUAACACAAGGUCCAAGGGCAGGGUCACUCUGGAGUUUGUUUCUCUUGUCUCUGCUUUCGUGAAACGUCCUUUAUGCAGAGAUGCUUGAUCCUGUCAGUUCAUUAAAGUACAGAAUUGUUUUAUCCCAAACUUGCUUGUCAUGACAAAAAUCUACGUGGCUCUGCUCCACUAGAUUAAAUCCUUGUAU